AUGUUGCGGGGAAGACAGGGACCCACUAUCAGUCGUCAGGAUUCUCGACAUGGAUUAAUCACAUUGUGUUUUGUACAGGUGGUUCUCUCUACCACGCUGCUGCUGCUUCUCACUACCCAAUGGACCCCAGAGCAUAGACUCUUCCAUUUGAGCCAGCAUAUAUUUCUCAUCUCAUGGUUAACAAGAGGUACGCUACUGGCAAUACCCAUCACUUCUAUUGCUAUUGUUGUUAGUGUGUGGGUGCGUAUUCCACGACUGAUGUUAGUAGCCACUGGAAUUAUUUCACUUCUACUGGUUAUGCUUGUUCUUACCAUUGUGUGGAUAACACAGCUACACAAUGGUAUCUGGAAUAAUGUAUUUGCUUUGAAUUACAUGACAAAUGGAGAUGAUGUAUGUCCUGGCAUUGCUGGUAGCGCCUGCUGUGGUUGGGAUUACUGUCCGUUGCCGCUUUGUGAGUUUGCAGAUCGUCCAUGUGAGGAGGUUGUAACACAGUGGAUACGCGACUUAUUUGUGAAGACGAUGCCGUUGCUUUCACUGAUACUUACAUUAGGUGUGGCACAGACAGUUCUUGGGUUUUACCGGGUCCAGCUCUUGUGGAGACAGGGCGUGUUCGCAUAG